AUGAACUUUGUAACGGCGCCUUUGAUAGCAGAUCUAUUUCUACUCGCUAUUCUAGCCAUAGGCCGGCAAGAAGUACACGAUGGGACAGUUGGAGCAAACAGUAUCAAUCCGAUUGAUAUUAUGGUUUUCUUCAUCACAUUAGCAUACAUUGCUAUUUCAAUCGACGCGUCCGGCCUCAUCAGAUACCUGGCGUUCAAGGUACUCCAGAAGGGAGGUAAAGUUGGGCACAGGCUGUUCUUCUUCCUCUACGCUUUCUUCUUCUGUCUGGGGGCAUUCAUCGGGAAUGAUCCCAUCAUCUUGUCUGGUACCGCAUUUCUUGCCUACUUGACAAGAGUAUCGAGUAACAUUAUUCACCCAAGAGCAUGGAUUUUUACUCAAUUUGCAAUCGCCAAUAUUGCUUCGGCCAUUCUCGUCUCUUCCAAUCCUACCAAUCUUGUCCUGGCCGGUGCAUUUGGUAUAAAGUUUAUCGAAUAUACUGCGAACAUGAUUGUUCCAGUGGUUGUAACAGCAAUCGUCUUAUUUCCAUUUUUAUUAUAUAUCGUCUUUGCCGAUGAGGCUCUGAUACCAUUAUCAAUCAAAAUGCACGAACUUUCCGAAGAGGCUAAAGCUAAGAAGCCUGUGAAUCCGAAUAUUCCAAAUGCCAAAGGGGAAGGGGAAGAAAGCGAUGGUGCCGAAAAUAAAGAGCUUUCUCUGGAAGAAAUUAUGAAUCCUUUUGUGGAUAAAAAAGGAGCAGCUUUUGGCGCGGUUCUAAUGGCUAUAACCCUUAUUGUGGUUUUGGUUAUCAACGCUAUUAGUCAGAGUAAUGGGGAACAUCCAGUAUUUUGGGUGACUUUACCAGCGGCUUUUGUGAUGUUUGUUUGGGAAAUCUCGCUAGGAUGGAUUAAUCGGCACGAAACACGGGAGAUUGCUCGCAAGGGACGACGGGAAGUUGAACUUGCCCGAGCUGAGCGAGCGAUUAGAGAAGAGCAGGAGGCAAAUCAAGUAAUCUUAGAACAAGACCAGCAAGAUUCUAAAAAUGCGAAUGGGACUUCUCUGACGCUAACAAAAUCACCGGAAGAAAUCGAAAUGAAAAUCUUGGAGAGGGAAGAUGGCAACCUCACUGAAAAUAGUCACACUCCUACGCUUCUAGUACCCGGAAAUUUGGGUGGCCGAAACCCAAACUUGAGUGAUCCUUUAGGCUCGUCUAUCUCGACACUCGUCCCAAAAGAAGACAAUUUACAAAAUAGUCGUUCUUCGACCAGUGCAAUGAGCACAUUAGAUGAAAAGAAGGAACCAGUUCGCCCAGAAACGCCUUCUCCGCCGCAGGGGGUAUUAGGCCCACAAUCAAGUGAUCAAUCAGAUCUAGAUAAACGAGCACUCUCCGAACAAAUUUCUCGACGAGUCGAGCUUCCAAAGCAGCGUGGACACACAACAUUAGUUUCACUCUUUGGUGAUGCAUAUUUAUGGAGUCAAGAAACAUUCCCGACCGUCACAGCAGUAGUAUCCCAUCUCCCUUUCGCCCUCGUCCCAUUCGCAUUUUCAAUGUUCGUUCUCGUACAAGCAUUAGUGACCAAAGGAUGGGUACCAGUAUUCGCCUAUGGUUGGGAUCACUGGGUAGAAAGGACCGGCACUGUCGGAGCAAUCGGCGGCAUGGGAUUUCUCUCCUGCAUUCUCUGCAACUUCGCAGGCACCAACAUCGGCACAACCAUUCUCCUCUGUCGCGUCGUCCAAGCAUGGCAAGAUAUCCACCACAAGAACGGUCUCCCCAUCAGCGACCGCGCUUUCUGGGGAACCGUCUAUUCCAUGGCUAUAGGAGUGAAUUACGGUGCGUUUAGCACGGCUUUUAGCGCUUCGCUUGCUGGGUUGCUGUGGAGGGAUAUCUUGGCGAGAAAACAUAUUCAUGUGAGGAGGUUGGAUUUUGCGAGGGUUAAUUUGCCCAUUGUGGCGAUUUCUAUGGCGGUCGGUUGUGCGGUGCUGGUUGGGGAGAUUUAUGUUGUUAGGGGUAAUGAGAGGUAUGAUGCUUGA